AUGAGGCAAACGUUUUAUUAACAAAGGCACACCCCCGACUGCGCCUAUUGGCCCUAGCAAAGCCUGUAUAUGCGCAGCAUACAGGAACUGAACCGGACCCAUCCAUGACUUGAGAGACAUGUUUGCUGCCAUUGUGCACAGGGUCUGGCUAUACAUAGUCUACGUUCAGGCAUACUCUCGAGUACAAAACUCACUGGUUCCAUGUCCGUGGUACAGUUUCUUCUGGAUUCAUUCCUCAACAGAAAAAAGAAAAUACGAUCCUAACUGAAAUUUCUCAAGCAGCUGUAUGUCAGUUGGGAAUAAACAUCCCGGUUUACAGAUCUAUUAUGUUCAUUGA